AUGUCUGCGCACGAAAUUCCAAACACCCAGAAAGCCGUCGUAUUUUACAAGAAUGGCGGUGACCUCGAGUUCAAAGACAUCGAUGUGCCCCAACCAAAACCCAACGAAUUGCUCAUCAACAUCAAGUAUUCCGGUGUGUGUCACACGGACUUGCAUGCAUGGAAGGGCGAUUGGCCACUUGCUGUAAAGUUGCCACUUGUGGGAGGCCACGAAGGCGCCGGAAUUGUGGUUGCCAUGGGCGAAAACGUCAAGGGCUGGAAAAUUGGCGAUUUGGCAGGCGUCAAAUGGCUCAACGGUUCUUGCAUGAGUUGUGAAUCGUGCGAGCUGGGAAACGAGUCCAAUUGUCCGGAAGCAGACUUGUCCGGCUACACCCACGACGGCUCGUUUCAACAAUACUGCACUGCCGACGCAGUGCAGGCUGCUAAAAUCCCCCAGGGCACAGACCUGGCCGAAGUGGCACCUAUUUUGUGCGCCGGUAUCACCGUCUACAAGGCCCUCAAGUCUGCUAAUCUCAAAGCCGGUCAAUGGGUGGCUGUAUCGGGAGCCUGUGGAGGACUCGGGUCUUUGGCCGUGCAGUUUGCGCGUGCAAUGGGCUACCGUGUUCUGGGAAUCGACGGUGGUGCAGAAAAAGAGCAGCUUUUCCUACAGCUUGGCGGUGAAGUAUUCGUCGAUUUCCGCAAGUCCAAGGACAUCGUCCAAGACAUUUUGGAAGCGACGGACGGUGGAGCCCACGGGGUCAUCAACGUCUCGGUUUCAGAAGCUGCAAUUGAGUCAUCCACCAGGUAUGUAAGGGCCAACGGCACCGUGGUGCUGGUUGGUUUGCCAGGAGGCGCCUACUGCAAGUCCGAAGUUUUCUCUCAGGUGGUGAGGUCGACUUCAAUCGUGGGUUCCUAUGUGGGCAACCGUGCAGACACACGCGAGGCGCUGGACUUUUUCGCGCGUGGUCUGGUCAAAUCGCCCAUCAAAAUCGCAGGAUUGUCGGAAUUACCAGACAUUUUCGACAAAAUGCAGAAGGGCGAGAUCGUCGGCAGAUAUGUGGUUGACACGUCCAGAUAA